UGAACCUAACUGGCAGAGGGCGUGUCACCAUGGAGGACUUUGAGCUGCUUAAAGUACUAGGCACGGGCGCGUACGGAAAAGUUUUCCUGGUACGUAAGCGAAACGGCAGGGACGUGGGUAAACUGUACGCCCUGAAGCAGCUGAAGAAAGCCACCAUCGUCCAGAAGACCAAGACAACAGAACACACCAGGACAGAGAGACAGGUCCUGGAGGCAAUCAGGCAAUCCCCCUUCCUCGUCACACUGCAUUAUGCAUUCCAGACAGACUCCAAGCUUAAUCUCAUUUUAGAUUUUGUGAACGGAGGGGAAAUGUUCACUCACCUUUACCAGCGUGAACACUUCACUGAACACGAAGUCAGGAUUUACAUUGGUGAAAUCACUCUAGCCCUGGAGACCUUGCACAAGCUUGGCAUAAUCUAUCGCGACAUCAAGCUGGAGAACAUCCUUCUAGACUCUGAUGGCCACAUUGUCCUGACAGACUUUGGUCUCAGUAAAGAGUUUCUGCCCACAGACCCUACUCAUCGAACGUAUUCAUUCUGUGGCACCAUUGAGUACAUGGCCCCUGAGGUGGUCAAAGGUGGACAUCUGGGGCAUGAUUUUGCUGUAGACUGGUGGUCCCUGGGUGUGUUGACCUAUGAACUUCUCACUGGAGCUUCACCUUUCACAGUGGACGGGGAAAAAAAUUCACAGUCUGAAAUUUCUAAGCGCAUCCAGAAAUGUAACCCCCCCUACCCUAGUCACUUCUCCCGUGAGGUCAAGGACCUGAUACAGAAGCUCUUGACCAAAGACCCAACCAAAAGAUUGGGGUCAAGAAAUGCUGAGGAAGUCAAGAGGCAUCCAUUCUUCAAAACUCUAAACUGGGAUGAUCUAGCCCAGAAGAAGGUGCCAGCUCCCUUUGUGCCCAGUAUUCGCCAUGAGAUGGACCUGAGCAACUUCUCUGAGGAGUUCACCAGAAUGGACGCCACUGAGUCCCCCGCCAUCAUCCCCAACAUGGGGGAGAAGCUGUUUAAGGGCUACUCCUACGUUGCUCCGUCCAUCAUCUUCACAGAGAACUCAGUCAGUGCUGACCUCUUGCACAUCAACAAAGAACAACAACCUGAUGACGCCACCAUCUUUACCGCUAGUCAUUUUAAGAACUCGCCAUUCUUUCAAAAGUAUGAGCUAGAUAUGAGGGUGCCUGUAUUGGGGGAUGGUACUUUUUCUAUAUGCAGAAAAUGCCGUAACAUGUCGACCAAUCAGGAGUUUGCUGUGAAAAUUGUCAGUCGUCGAAUCAAUUGUAAUCGAGAGGUCCAUCUCCUGAGUCAUUGUCAGGGUCAUCCAAACAUUGUCCAGCUGAUUGAUGUCAUGGUUGAUGAUUACCAUACCUAUAUAGUGAUGGAGCUGUUGAAAGGGGGAGAACUCCUGGCCAGACUGAGACAGAAGAAAGUGUUCACUGAGGUUGAGGCAAGUGAGUUGAUGUGGAAGCUGGUUAAGGCUGUGGAGUUUAUGCACAGUAGGGGAGUGGUGCAUCGGGAUCUUAAGCCAGAGAACCUUCUGUUUGUCGACAAGUCUGAGAAAGCUGAGCUGAAAAUCGUGGACUUUGGUUUUGCCACGAUGAACCCCAAGAACGAGACCAUGAUGACCCCAUGUUUCACCCUGCCGUACAGCGCCCCUGAGGUCUUGAAACAGAUCACAAACCGUAAAGAUGGCUACGAUGAGAGUUGUGAUUUGUGGAGUCUGGGUGUCAUUUUGUACUCCAUGCUGUCAGGCAAGGCACCCUUCCAGAACUCCAAUGGGCCAGACAAUGCCAUGAAUAUAAUGCAGCGCAUCAAGGACGGCUUGUUUGACCUGAGUGGCCCAGAGUGGAAUGACGUCUCAGCCCCAGCCAAACAGCUGAUCCAGGGCUUACUGACAGUGGAGCCCAAGGAAAGAAUCUGCAUGCACGACCUGCUGAAACACAAGUGGCUGCGGAAGAACGUCAAGUCUCCCAUAUCCAGCAUGCCCCUCAGGACCCCCGGGGUCCUCAGCUCACACAACAACGCAGUCAAGGACCAGAUCAACUGCACGAUGGAAGCUUUCCACCAGGCCACCAGAGACGGCUUCCGCCUUCAAGAAGUUGCCACCGCGCCCUUGGCCAAACGGCGGAAGCAGAAGAAGAACUCGCUGGACCGGAGCAGCUCCACAGACAGCAAUAACUCCAGCUCCACCACCUCGUCGUGCGGGGCCAGGAAAUCCCCGGCCAGGCAGUCCCCAGUCCGGGCCCUGUCCAGAAACUCCAGUGCCUCCAGUAUCUCCCAGAGCUCCGUCUGCAGCAUGGGCUUCGUCCCCAACAUCACCAACAACCCUUCACCUUUGGCCUCCAUGAGAUCCACCCCCGACAUCACCCAGACCGCGACCUGCGCCAACAACAACAACAUCGUCCUCACACCAGCCACAUCCCAUGGGUUUACCUCCAUCGCACCCCAACCCACUUCUCACACCGCCCCCACCCCCAUAUCCCCAAUUCACAUUCCCUCGAUCGACAGCGUAGAGGAUGUCGAGGACUCGACCAAGUCCCCACCUGUCAAAGGAAAGCGUGGGAGCAGAAAAAACAAUAACAAUAUCAUUCCCCCCUCCAGGCUUACAAGAGGGCAGAAAAGGAAAAUGGAGUCGUCUUCAGUUGAGGAAGACGAUCACGAUGAAGACGACUGUGUGAUUGUAGAAAGGAAUUACAUCAAGCCAGGGAAGGGAGCAUUCAAGCGUUUGAAAUCUGAAACAAUUGUGAUAGACUGA